GAAACUCACAAAGGAAAAAGGAAAUAAAGAAUCCUACAGAGUAAGACAAGUAGUAUUAUUUGCCAAUGGCGUCGAUUGUUAUAGUCAUUCCAGAUGGAGAAGGGGUUCCUCCCAAAGAAAACAUCAAGAAAUUCGAUACGUUUUCUUGUCCAGGCAUUAGUUCCUUUCUAAGAGAAAACAAAAGAAGGCAUGACAUGAGAAAAGUGAUUCACAGCAUCAAGGUUGGUGUCGCCCUCGUUUUAGUUUCCCUUCUCUAUCUACUCGAUCCUCUCUAUAAGGAAGUUGGAGAAAAUGCCAUGUGGGCUAUAAUGACUGUUGUGGUCGUCUUUGAGUUCUUUGCAGGCGCUACACUCAGCAAGGGCUUAAAUCGUGGAAUUGGGACUGUACUAGGAGGUGGCUUGGGGUGUUUAGCUGCAGCUUUCGCCCAAGCAGUCAGUGGGAUUGGCAAAGCCAUAGUUGUUGGCAUUGCUGUCUUCGUUUUUGGGGCGGCCGCGACUUACACUCGACAGGUGCCAAACAUCAAAAAGAAGUACGACUACGGAGCAUUAAUAUUCAUUCUCACUUUCAAUUUGGUUGUGGUAUCGGGUUUACGUGCUGAACAAGUCCUGGAAUUAGCCCGUGAGCGUCUCUCAACCAUUCUCAUGGGCUUCGCCAUCUGCGUUUUCAUAAGUUUGCUCGUCUUCCCCAUUUGGGCCAGUGAUGAACUCCACGACUCUUUAAUCUCAAGAUUUGAAGACCUUGCCCGCUCUCUGGAAGGAUUCUCCAAGGAAUACUUUGAAAAUGUCACCGGGAAGGAAAACAAGUCCAGUGCUAAUUUCAGUAGCUGCAAAGCAGUCCUGCACUCUAAGACCAAGGAUGAAUCAUUGGUAAAUUUUGCAAGAUGGGAACCAUGGCAUGGGAAAUUUGGGUUUUCCUACCCCUGGGGAAAGUACAUAAAAAUAGGAGGGGAUCUUAGAGAUUUGGCUACAACCAUCCUUUCACUUAAAGGUUGCCUUAGAUCUCCUACCCAGUCAUCGGAAGGUCUUCGACAGUCAGUUAAAGAACCAUGUGAAGCAAUGAUAUCCUCACUUGCAUGGACACUAAGAGAACUUGGAGAAAGCAUAAAAAGUAUGAGAAAAUGUCCAUCUGAGGAUGUGGUUGUGCCAAAAUUGAAGUCUGUAAGGCUAGAGCUAAGUCUAGUUGUGACUCCUGCCACACUUGGAACUAAUUUGGAGAAUGCUGAUGGGCUUGGAUUAGCAAGCUUCUUAUAUUCAUUGAUGGAGAUGGUGGAAAAUAUGGACGAAUUGGCAAAAGACGUGGAAGAACUUGGAGAACUUGGAGGUUUCCAUAAAUAGUUGAUUAAGUAUUUCAAGCUAUAAUUGUGCUUAUUGUAGUACUACUGUACAUAAAUCAUAGGCCAAUAUUUUUGGCUGGCUAUAAAAGAUUUUUUAGAUGAAUUCCCAGAAAAAAAAAACAAAGAGAGAGGGUUUCCUGGGAAAUAUUAUUUUUUACUUAUUAAGUAAAACUAGAUGAUAAGAACAAAAGUGGGGUGGGGAAAAAUGUUCGAGCAUUAAACAAGAGAGAGGAAUAUACGAAGCCUAGAGUUGUUACUUGAUUAGGGAGCUUACUAGCUUUAUUUUUGUAGUUACUAAGAAUUAAGAAAUCCAUUACAAUGAAUUUGUAGUCA